AUGCACAACGGAUUCGCGAUAAUGCGGACGCGAUCCGCGAUAAUCGGAUUGCUGCUGCUGUUGGUAACGGCGCACUGUAACGGGCUACAGUAUCAGCCUCUCGACUCUUAUGCAAACGGAGAGGAGUGCGCCUUGAUCCUGGACGCCCGUGGAAGAACCAGCGUUUACGACUACACCUAUAAUUUACUUCGCGGAUCGUUCCCUACCGCAGGUGGGACCGAAACCUGCAUCACGUACGACGCCGUAAAUCAUGCUUACGUCGAGGCAAGGAAGCGCAUUAAUGUCGCGAGCCCAAAGUCGGAGAUGUGGCGUCCGGAGGACCUGGCGACGGUCGGCGAGCUGCUUCUCGACAUCACCACGAAUCUCGCGCAAACAUACGGACUGACCUACGAGGAGAUCCAGAGGAGUCUGCCGUUGAUCGACACUUCGAAGACGCUGAUCCGCGAGGUUUGUCCCGCAUUUCUCAGCAACGUGCAAUGCAGAGCGGGCAAAUAUCGACGGUACGAUGGCCUCUGCACGAAUUUGCAGAAUCCAACUUGGGGAGCCACUCUGUCGCCUUUCGCAAGAUUGAUGAGCCCUCAAUUCGCGGACGGUCUGUCGGCGCCAAGGAUAUCCAUAACGGGUCAUGAUCUACCGCUGUCCCGAGUCGUGUCACGCACUAUGCACCCGGACGAAGGUUACCACGAUCACGCCGGCACAGUUAUGGUGAUCGCGUGGGGACAAUUCAUGGACCACGAUUAUACUUUGACCGCCACGCCUCUAGACCCUCUGAACCGAAACGAUCCGGAAGAAUGCUGUGGCCGGCCGCCACACCUGAAGAAUCCCUAUUGCAACGAGAUCCUCAUACCGGAGGACGACUAUUUCUACAGGCUAUUCAACGUGCAAUGCAUGGACUUCGUUCGCGCUUUUCCCGCCGUCCGACCUGAUUGCCGUCUCGGUUCCCGAGUGCCUUUCAAUCUUCUUACGGGCGUACUGGAUGGUAAUACGGUUUACGGCAUCACGGAAACUUUUGCUAGGAAACUCCGGACGGGCUAUGGCGGAUUACUGCGAAUGAAUCCAGUCUUUGCAGAGUAUGGUCUUAAGGAACUAUUGCCGCUAAAGUUGGAUAUACCGGACGAAGGAUGUACUCGGCCAAACCGAUCAAUGUACUGCUUCGAAGCAGGUGAGAUUCGUGUAAACGAACAGUUGGUACUUACCUGCAUGCACACUUUACUGGCGCGAGAGCAUAACCGGCUUGCCAAAGUGUUAGCUGUCGUGAAUCCGCACUGGGACGAUGAGAUUCUCUUCCAGGAAGCUAGGCGCAUCGUCAUCGCGGAAAUUCAACACAUCACUUAUAACGAGUUCCUCCCGAUAUUACUCGGCAAAGAUGUCAUGGAGAAAUUCGGACUUCUCCUCGAGAAGGAAAAAUACUGGAAUGGAUACGAUCCAAGCAUAAAUCCAGGCGUAAUAGACGCUUUCGCCGCUGCUGCCUUUAGGUUCGGUCAUUCGCUAUUGCCCACGGCUGUAGAACGAUGGAGCAAAGCUCACAAAUUUAUUGCUUCAAAGAGACUCUCAGAUUUGAUAAGACGCCCUUAUGAUUUAUAUCGGGCCGGUGUAUUUGACGAAUAUUUCAUGGGCUUGAUGAACCAAGUCGCUCAGGCUAUGGAUGAUUCUAUAACGCAAGAAGUGACGAAUCAUCUCUUCAAAAAAGCGGGAGCAAAAUUCGGAAUGGAUUUGGUAUCCUUUAACAUGCAACGCGGCCGCGAGUUUGGUAUUCCAAGUUAUAUGGAAUUCAGAAAGUACUGCGGCCUUCCCGAAGCGAACACCUUCGAAGAAUUGUUCGGUUCCAUGCCAAAUGAAACCGUCAGGCGAUAUAGCACUAUUUUCGAACAUCCCGCGGACGUCGAUUUAUGGUCGGGCGGUGUAUCCGAAAGACCGCUUCCGGGUAGCAUGCUCGGGCCAACCUUCGCCUGUCUGAUUGCCACGCAGUUCAGUCAUUCGCGCCGCGGAGACAGAUUCUGGUACGAGCUGCCGAACCAGCCGUCGUCCUUCACUCUCGAACAAUUAAACGAGAUUCGAAAAACGAAACUCGCCAGAUUGAUUUGCGACAAUACCGAUCUUAUCGAUACGGUACAAAUCUAUCCGAUGGUUCUUCCAGAUCACGAAAUAAAUCCUCGAGUCCCAUGUCGCAGCGGUAUUCUACCCGGCAUCGACUUGUCGAAAUGGGCCGAAUUCCCGGCGACGAGUCACGCCGCGCAAUACCGAUGGGUGGAGGAGCGUCCGGUGAAACCGGCGAUGGUGCCGGAGCACUACGACAAGCAGCAAGCUUAUCGAAUCUUCUUUGAGAAUAUUAACGGCAUUGCUUCCUAUCUGGGCUUCACGAGAAAAUAAGCGCAGUGCACCGCGGGGGACAAAUGCGCCUGAUCGCAAAAUAUCUGCCGCCAUAUACGUCAUUUGCUGCGCUUUGAGGCUGCACUAUCUAAAGAAGCGCAACACAAACGUGGAGAUACAGUCGAUCGACCGUCCAUGUAUACAGCGAGAUGUAUAACGGUGUAUUUGCGUACAUGUACCACUUAUGAAGUAUCUUUCUUGGAUGCUCGACGAUUAGACUUGAUAAUGAUAAUUCAGAUAUCUCUGUCUACACUGUUCACAAUGGAGUACAAUAGGGAGUACUCUUUCAUGAAGUAUGAAAAUUCAAGUAACGUUUUGCUGGAUCUAUCGCAGUAACAAUGACUGAGCUUAUUGAUGAUCAAACUUGAUGUUAUUAUUUUUCUAUUAUUGCUUUAGACACUUAUUAGUAGUAACUUUAACGUAUAUAAUUUAUGUACUGAAAGUCUCUUAAGAAUGAUAAUUUCCUUUUCAAACGCGUUAACGCAAUGUUACCAAGUAUGUGAGCACAUGUACGUUUGCUUAAUUGAAAUGGAAUAAAAUCUUAUUUAUUUGUCAAUAGUAUACUGACAAUCCUACAGUGAGAUAACAAAUACAUUAAUAAAAAAUGUAUGAUAUACAGUUUUGUAUGAUGAUUAAUUAUCGCUUCAAGCAUUAUUGUAAUAAGCAAAAUGUAAAUAUAAAUAUUCACACGCAGUGGCUCAGAAAUUAUCUCUUGCUUUUUAUUCGAAUCUACGAGCAAAAUGUAUAUUUUCUGCGCCACUGUAAUGAUGUAGUUACCAUUUGUAUUGUACUUUGUACAUAAUUACAAUCAACAAAUAAAGUCAAUUUCAUAAGA